AUGAACUACAUUCGUGGCGCUGUGAGCGCGAUUAGUGCCCCAUACCAGUACUACAAAGAUAUCAACCCAUCGACCCUGACUGGGGCCAUCGAUGUCAUCGUUAUUCGACGCCCACCAUCGCCCACUUUAUCUGCUAGCUCCGGUUCACAAGACGGCGAUGUUUACGCCUGCUCUCCAUUUCACGUCCGUUUCGGUAAGCUUCAGGUACUCAGACCCGCUGAAAAGAAGGUCAACGUAUCAAUAAAUGGCUCGCUCAUCCCGUUCAACAUGAAAAUAGGAGACGCAGGAGAAGCAUUUUUCGUGUUCGAGACAGAAGAAGAUAUCCCAGAAGACCUUGUUACAAGUCCUCUGCUCUCCCCAACCCCGGAACCAGGCGAACUUCAGGAUGACUUUGAACAUGAAACAUCUGGAGCGAAACCGGGUGGGGAAGAGAAGUCAGAUCUGAGUUUACAGAUGCAGGAACCUGAGUUUCUCGAUUUGAAUGCUUCGUCUGUGUUGAAACAUCCAAUUCCAAUCCAUGCAGGCGCGCAACCGAAGCUCGGCUCGAGGAGCGUUCCUCAUACCCCUCCACCAGAGGAUCCUGUAGCACAACCAACCGAUGUGUCCGGUCCAGAAGUUCAAUACAAGGCUGAUGUCGCGCUUGAUAUGGAUGGAUAUCAUUCUGCUCAAGCACGCGACGCGUCUUCCUCACGUAUAUCUCAUCCACCAUCUCCAACCCCAACUGCGAUCCCCUUCCCAUCAACCAUUCCUCCAGUCGCUUCCCCUCUGAGCAAACACUCUCCAUCAUUUCCCGCAACUACGUUUCUUACCUGCCACACUGUUUCAGAAUCCCAAGAUGAUAUCCCGCUUCCUCAGUAUUCCUGGGAAUGGGGCGCGUUCCCCCAGCCCUCACCUAUGGCGACACAUUUCCCGUCUACCCAUUUAUUGCGCAUGGAGUUUUUGACGCGUAGUAGGAGUGUCCCGCUUGAGCUCGAAGGCAGUCCACAUACCAUCCGCUCGUCUCUACCACCUCAGGACGAAGCACAUACUCCUGAAGAUGAGCAGGAACACGAAAUCAGAUGUGAUCAUCCACCACUCCCACUCCCUGAGUACGGAUUUGGUUCAGGUGGUGUUCUUACCACACACCCAUCUGAUUCACGUACGUUCCUCGUUCACAUCGAGGGCCAGGCGCUGUCAUUUGCUCUCUCACUUGUACCUACAACAAAACGCGGGAUCUUCCAUGGGAGUGAUGAAGUAGAAGUCGUGCGUCUAUUCGAGGCAGGGAGAAUCGACUAUAUGCAACUUGUCUCUGAGGAGGUGGUGAUCGGGGAGGUGAGGACGAGAGUGGUAGAGGAUGAGGGAUUGGUGAUUAAGUGGGCGGGCGGGCAGUAUAUCACGAGGGAAGACGGGAGUCCGUUGAUGGAUGCUUUGAGGUUAUGGGUUGAGAAUGCGCCGAAGGAACCAUCGAGGGCGAUGUCUGAGCCCCCGCUGGCCAUCACAGAAGCACGAGACCAGCGUGUAGAACAGAGGGAGGAAGAAAUGGUGAGCAGUGCCGAUGAACGGGAACCGGUAUCGAGUGGGGACGAACGAGAGAUGAAGCGUGCGGAUUCUGAACCGCCGGAAGCGCACCGGAAACCAACGUCGAGCAGUUGGGUUAGAUGGUGGAUUCGAAGCCGGGAUAUAACAGAGGCUGAUCGGCCUCCUUUAAGGGUGUCGAAUACCUCUCCGAUGGAAUCUCCACUGCCAAAACAUGUUCCUAUUGUGGCUCGUCAUAUGACAUUUCCUCAAUCUGUGUCUGCCCCUCCUGCCACACCCGCUCCUGGCAUCAUGGAGCCCUUGAGUAAGGCGUUGGAGGCAAAGAUUACGAGGACACGGAAGAGGUAUGCUAAGACGCUGCGGUUGACCUCUGAUCAACUGAAAUCCCUCGACCUUAAGCCUGGUGCCAAUACAAUCACGUUUUCCCUUUCUAAUUCUACUGUGCCCGCAUGUACGGCGCGGAUAUUUGUAUGGGACUCGACUGAUCUUGUCGUCGUGUCUGACAUAGAUGGUACAAUCACCAAGUCUGAUGGGCUAGGUCAUGUAUUCGCUAUGAUUGGCCGCGACUGGACUCAUUCCGGUGUUGCAAAGUUAUACACUGAUAUCAGGCGCAACGGGUACAAGAUCAUGUACCUUACCUCACGAGCUAUCGGACAGGCAGAUUCUACGCGCGAUUAUCUGAAGGGUAUCAAGCAGGACGACUAUCAACUUCCUGAAGGCCCUGUCAUCAUGAGCCCCGACCGAUUGAUGGCGUCACUGCAUCGCGAGGUGAUCAUGCGGAAGCCCGAAGUAUUCAAAAUGGCAUGCUUGAGGGACAUUCAGCGUCUUUUCGGUGAGAGCUCGCGCACGCCGUUCUAUGCCGGGUUUGGAAACCGGAUAACGGAUGCGCUGUCAUAUCGCAGCGUGAAUGUUCCGAGUGCGAGGAUAUUCACUAUAGAUUCCUCUGGUGAGGUCAAGAUGGAGCUCCUCGAGCUCGCAGGGUACAAGUCAUCGUAUAUACAUAUGACUGACAUUGUUGAUCAGAUGUUCCCUCCGAUAAAUCGCCAAUGGGCAGUGGAGUUCACGGAUUUUAAUUAUUGGAAAAUGCCAGUCCAGGAAUUUGCCCUUCCUGACCUCACACCUCCCUCCCCCGCCCUGAGCGCGCGAUCAGAUACGUCUAACCAGAGUACACUUGCACGGUUACGCAACUUCAGCCUCGUAGGGCGGAGACAAUCGAGGGACAUGACGCAGUUUUCACUUCCACCGCCUGUGUUAGCGCGCGAGGGCACGCCGAGUCGAACGAUGGGUCUGCGCAGUACACAUCUGCGGCAGAUCUCCUCUCUCGAGCGUCUCAGCGGUAGACUGGCAGCGCUGGCGCAGUCGUCUUCAUCCAGCGGCAUCGACUCGCGGUCGUCAUCGUCUACGUUCCUGGAUUCUGAUGAAGAGGAUGCAGAUGUGGAAGAUGGGAGUGUGCGGAAACGGCGUCCGAGGAGCACAAGUAUGACGAGUAUGCCUGGGUCGUUGGAUGAUGGACAGUUUGGGGAGGAUGGUAGGGAUGAAGAGGAGGAGGGGUAUGGGUAUGACGGGGAAGUGGAGGGUGGAGAGAAUGAGGAGGAGGCUGCUGAGGAGGCGUUUGAUGAGGAUUUUCUUGCUACGGGGGAGAUGAAGAAUGUGCCAUUUUUGUAA